AUGGCAAUGGUAUCCACGGAUCUGGAUGUGGGUCUUGCGAAACUAGACCCGCGGAUCUUUGUCCCAAUCUGGAUACUGUACUUGAAAACGGAUCUGGAUCCGUGUCCAUCUGAACCCAGUCCACGACCCGUUGCCAGGACUAGAGACUUGUUUUCAGUUUUCAUCACAAUUAACUCACUAGCUAUAUUUUCUGGACGACAGAGGAGAGAAAGUAUGUUUGCGCAGUCCAGGCGGGUUUUUCAUAUCGACCUUGGGGAGCGUGAGAAAGCUUUAUUGGAAAAGGAUUCAACAUUGAGUCAAUUCAAAUCAUAUAAGCAGGGUGCAAAACGAAUUAAAAGAGUGGGUGAUGUUCUCACUGUCAUUGUUGUGGCUGGCUGUUGCUACGAGAUCUAUGUUAGGGCUUCAACACGAGCGGAAGCUAGGAGUCAGGAAUAAUCUACUAGCAGAAAUGCAUACCUACUAUGAGUUUUUGUUACGUCAACUGCAAUGAUGGAUGGUUCAAUCUGGUUGGCAGUACUCUGUCCUGAAUAAGUAGCCCAAUUAUGUGAAUGAGUGCUUGUAGCAUAUAGACUAUAGAGUUUAUUAAAUUGGAGAAUUUGUGGAAUAUUAUCUUUUCUUAACCAUUGAACUCUCCUUUCCUAAUACAUUUGCCAAACUUUAUACAGUAUCAGUUGCUGCUAGAAAAUGUGAGGCUCGAAAUAUUGCAGUUUGUAGAUUUGCUGCGUGUUUAAGAUACUUUGUAAUGUGUAUCUGAAUGUGCGAGUUGUGGAUGCCUAUUAUACGCUACA